AGCAUCACCAAUUCCCCUCCCUUUAUUAUUUGGAGUACAGCCUGGUUUGAAUUUCGCUUGCAACAGCAAACCACCCCAUUCGAAAUUACUCCCAUACCCCAAACAGUUUCCUCCUCACCCCUCUCCCAUCGCCAACGGUCACGAGGAUACAACAGUAAAUUUGACCUCACACCUCAAAACCACCACCGCUAACUGUAGCAAAAAACCACCACCGGAACAAAACCAAAUACCUCCUCUCCCUCUCUCCUCAUUUUCUCUCUCUAAACCAGAUCCGAACAAGCCCUAACCCUAAUUCCCAAUCCCACUCAUUCCUCUGAUACGAUCGUUUCGAAGAUGGGCGAUUUCAACCUCGCCCUGGUGAUCGUGGCGGUGGUGGUGUGCGUGAUCGUGUUCCUGGUGAACGUGUACCUCCUCGUGAACUACCAGCACCCCGAUGACGCCAACCAGGCCUACUUCCCCAAAUUCGUCGUCGUUUUGGGCCUCUCCGUCGCCGCCAUCUCCAUCCUCAUGCUCCCCGCCGACGUCGCGAAUCGCCAGGCCUGCCGCCACGCGAUCUACAACGGCGCAUGCAGCCUCACGCUCCCCAUGAAGGACCUCUGGCUCGCCGUCUACAUCCUCGACGCUGUCCUCGUCUUUUUCGUUAUCCCCUUCGCCAUGUUCUUCUACGAGGGCGACCAGGACAAGAGUGUGGGGAAGAGGAUUAAGAGUGCGUUGAUGUGGAUGGUCACCACGGCUAUAGUGUGCGCCCUCGUUCUGGGAAUUUUGUAUGGGCUGGUUGGUAAGGUGGACUUUACUAUUAGGCAUCUCUCUUCAUCCACAACUUCAUUUCCUAGCACAUGGACAUUCAGUAGUGGUCAACCUUGUAUUGGAAGUGAUGCCCAUCAGUGUUCAGCAUUCUCUGCUAGUCCUUCAUCAGAGAAAACAUGGACCAUGCGUACUACCUUUCCAGAAUAUGUUGUUGCACUUGCUACUAUUGUUGGAUCUGUGCUUUUUGCUAUAUUUGGUGGUGUUGGUAUUGCCUGUCUUCCAUUAGGACUUAUAUUUUCAUUUAUUCGGCGUCCAAAGGCUGUUAUCACUCGCUCGCAGUAUAUCAAGGAAGCCACUGAACUGGGUAAAAAAGCAAGAGAACUAAAAAAAGCAGCUGAGGCACUACAUCAGGAAGAAAGAAGUGGUUCAAAGGGUAGAAAGUUUCGUAAAAAUGUGAAGGAAGUUGAGAAGGAGUUGUUUCAAUUAGAAGAAGAUGUAAAGCUUCUUGAAGAGAUGUAUCCACAAGGGGAAAAGGCUGAGACAACAUGGGCUCUAACAGUUCUUGGUUACCUGGCAAAAUUUGUUUUGGGAAUUUUAGGGUUGAUUGUUUCAGUGGCGUGGGUCACUCAUAUAAUUAUCUACCUAUUAAUUGAUCCUCCACUUUCUCCUUUCUUGAAUGAAGUUUUCAUUAAGCUAGAUGAUGUCUGGGGUCUUCUUGGCACUGCUGCAUUUGCAUUUUUCUGCUUCUACCUUCUCCUUGCUGUGAUUGCUGGUGCCAUGAUGCUUGGACUGAGACUAGUAUUCAUUACUAUACAUCCCAUGAAGUGGGGAGGAACUCUCAUGAACUCUUUUCUGUUUAAUGUGGGCCUUAUUCUUCUUUGUUCCAUUAGUGUGAUCCAGUUCUGCUCCACAGCAUUUGCCUACUAUGCUCAAGCAACUGCAGCCCAGGAAAUAUUUGGCCACACUUUGGAGUCUCUUCGAGGAAUUAAAUAUUUGUACAAGUACAAUGUAUUCCAAAUUGCAUUUGUUGUUUUGGCUGGAUUGACCUUUGUGUAUUACGCUGCCUUUGGAUGGAGAAGAAAAAAGCCUAGUGGCAGGUUCCAAUUGUCUACAUGAGGUAUGGCGUAGCCUGGAAAAGCACUUUCUGGAGUGAGCCAUCGGGGAUUCCUUGCAUCAUUUUAGAGUGUUUUUAAUAUUUGGAUGUGUUUUGGCCUAGAGUUGUUUUAUGUUGAAAGCUAUAGAGCAAGCUGAUCAUCAUCUGAGUAGAAUAAUCUGAUACGGUCGAAUCAUUAGUUGGGUGCUAGUGCUGCAACUUUGGCCUUUGCCUCUUCUGUUGCCGUUGUAUGUAUUAUUCCUUUGAUUGUGUUACAUCCCACUCGUUAUGUAAUUAAACUGUUAUUACGUGUAUGCAAAGAGUACUGGAUUCCUUCAAUACUGCGAGGUAACACAACCCUUGCCAAAUAGAAGUUGUACGAGCAGGGUAGUUUUUUUUUUUUUUAAUGAUCAUACUUGUUUUUGUACUUCAUUCAUUCUUUGUGUGAUAGGUUUCUUAGUAGAGCUUUCAGAUUGUGUAUUACCGUUUUGAAGUUCUUUUGCAUUUGAUGUUUAUGUAGCCACCUUUGUUUUUAGCUGAAGUGGUUAUAUACUCUCCCUUCUCUAUGGAGUAGCUACAUACUUUCACUACAUUUGAUAUUCAAUUUCUUCGAGUA